AAAUACAGCAAGUAGUAUCAUUUUGAUGAGGCCUAAAGAUGUUGUCCAGGCUGGAGUGCGGUGGCAUGAUGUUAGCUCACUGAAACCUUGAAUUCCUGGACUUAAGUGAUCUUAAGAACCUCAGCUCCUGAGUGGCUAGGACUACCUGUGCAUACCAAAGUGUCCAGGUAUUACUAUUUUGGAAACUACGAGAAAAAAUAGAUUAGGGACAAGUUUUGUCUUUUUAGUGGACAUGGCUCAGAUAUCCAGCAACAGUGGAUUUAAACAAUGUUCAUCUUCACAUCUGGAACCAACAAGAACAAAAGAUGUGGACAAAGAAGAAGCAUUACAGAUGGAAGCAGAGGCUUUAGCAAAACUGCAAAAGGAUAGACAAGUGACUGUCAAUCGGAGAGGCUUUGAGUUGUCAAACAGCACCAAACAAAAAGCACAAGUUUGUAACAACCAGGAUUAUGAUCUCAUGGUGUUUCCUGAAUCAGAUUCCAAAAAAACAGCAGUAGAUAUUGACGUAGAAAAGCUUACCCAAGCUGAACUUGAGAAAUUAUUGCUGGAUGACAGUUUUGAGACUACAAAAACACCUGUAUUGCCAGUUACUCCUGUUCUGAGCCCUUCGUUUUCCACACAGCUCUAUCUUAGACCUACUUUUCAGAGAGGACAGUGGCCACCCAGAUUGCCUGGGCCUUCCACUUAUACUUUACCUUCUAUUUAUCCUUCAACUUAUAGUAAACAGGCUGCAUUCCAGAAUGGCUUCAAUCCAAGAGUGCCUACUUUUCCAUCUACAGAACCUAUAUAUUUAAGUCUUCCAGGACAGUCUUCAUAUUUUUCAUAUCCCUUGACACCUGCUACACCCUUUCAUCCACAAGGAAGCUUACCUAUCUAUCCUCCAGUGGUCAGUCCUGACAUGGCAAAACUAUUUGACAAAAUAGCUAGUACAUCAGAAUUUUUAAAAAACGGAAGAGCAAGGACUGAUUUAGAGAUAACAAAUUCCAAGGCUGCAGUCAGCAAUCUACAGGUAUCUCCAAAGUCUGAGGAUAUCAGUAAAUUUGACUGGUUAGACUUAGAUCCUCUAAGUAAACCUAAGGUGGACAAUGUAGAAGUAUUAGACCAUGAAGAAGAGAAAAAUGUUCUAAGUUCACUAGCAGAGGAUCCUUGGGAUGCUGUUCUUCUUGAAGAGAGCUCACCAGCAAGUUUUCACCUGGAAAGAAAGGUGAAUGGAAAAUCCCUUUCUGGGGCAACUGUAACGAGAAGCCAGUCUUUAAAUAUUCGAACAACUCAGUUCAAAGUCCAUGGCCAAGUAUCUCAGAAAGACCCCGGUGGGACCAGUAGUUUGCCAACUGGAAGUUCUUUUCUACAGGAAAUCGAUGUACAGAACGAGGAGGUGGCAGCUUUUUGUCUAUCUAUUACAAAAUUGAAGACCAAAUUUCCACAUACCAAUCACUGCACAAACCGAGGCUAUUUGUUAAGUCCAGUCACAGUGCAAAGAAACAUAUGUGGAGAAACAGCUAGUGUGAAGGUCUCCAUUGAAAUUGAAGGAUUUCAACUACCAGUUACUUUUACAUGUGAUGUGAGUUCUACUGUAGAAAUCAUCAUAAUGCAAGCUCUUUGCUGGGUACAUGAUGACUUAAAUCAAGUAGAUGUUGGCAGCUAUGUUCUGAAAGUUUGUGGUCAAGAGGAAGUGCUGCAGAAUAACCAUUGCCUUGGAAGUCAUGAACAUAUUCAAAACUGUCGAAAAUGGGACACAGAGAUUAGAUUGCAACUCUUGACCUUCAGUGCAAUGUGCCAAAACCUGGCCCGAACAGCAGAAGAUGAUGAAACACCUGUGAAUUUGAACAAACACCUGCAUCAAAUAGAAAAACCUUAUAAAGAAGUCAUAACGAGACACUCUGUUGAAGAACUCUUAGAUUCUUAUCACAACCAAGUAGAGCUGGCUCUUCAAGUUGAAAACCAACACCGAGCAGUAGACCAAGUAAUUAAAGCUGUCAGAAAAAUCUGUAGUGCUUUAGAUGGUGUAGAAACUCUUGCCAUUACAGAAUCAGUAAAGAAGCUAAAGAGAGCCGUUAAUCUUCCAAGGAGUAAAACUGCUGACGUGACUUUGUUGUCUGGAGGAGGAGACACUAGCAAGAGUUCAAGUAGGGGCUCACUGAGUCCUGGAAAUCCUGUUCAAGUAAGCAUGGACCAAUUAACUGCAGCAAUUUAUGAUCUUCUCAGACUCCAUGCAAAUUCUGGCAGGAGUCCUGCAGACUGUGCCCAAAGUAACAGGAACAUCAAAGAAGCGUGGACUACAACAGAACAGCUUCAGUUCACUAUUUUUGCUGCACAUGGAAUUUCAAGUAACUGGAUAUCAAAUUACGAAAAAUACUACUUGGUAUGUUCCCUGUCUCACAAUGGAAGGGAUCUUUUUAAGCCUAUUCAAUCAAAGAAGGUUGGAACUUAUAAGAAUUUCUUCUAUCUUAUUAAAUGGGAUGAACUAAUUAUUUUUCCCAUCCAGAUAUCACAAUUACCAUUAGAAUCACUUCUUCACCUUACUCUUUUUGGAAUUUUAAAUCAGAGCAGUGGAAGUUCCCCUGAUUCUAAUAAGCAGAGAAAGGGGCCAGAAGCUUUGGGCAAAGUUUCUUUACCUCUUUUUGACUUUAAACAGUUUUUAACAUGUGGAACCAAACUUCUCUAUCUUUGGACUUCAUCACAUACAAAUUCUAUUCCUGGAACAGUACCCAAAAAAGGCUAUAUUAUGGAAAGGAUAGUGCUACAGGUUGAUUUUCCUUCUCCUUCAUUUGAUAUUAUUUAUACAACUCCUCAAGUUGACAGAAGCAUUAUACAACUACACAACUUAGAAACACUGGAGAAUGAUGUAAAGGAAAAACUUCUUGAUAUUCUUCAGAGAGACUCAUCACUUGGACUUUCUAAGGAAGAUAAAGCUUUUUUGUGGGAGAAACGAUGUUAUUGCUUCAAAUACUCAAAUUGUCUUCCUAAAAUACUAGCAAGUGCCCCAAACUGGAAAUGGGUUAAUCUUGCAAAAACUUACUCAUUGCUUUAUCAGUGGCCUCCAUUGCACCCACUGACUGCAUUAGAACUUCUUGAUUCAAAAUUUGCUGAUCAGGAAGUGAGAUCACUAGCUGUAACCUGGAUCGAAGCCAUUAGUGAUGAUGAGCUAACAGAUCUUCUUCCACAGUUUGUGCAAGCUUUGAAAUACGAAAUUUACUUGAAUAGUUCAUUAGUGCACUUCCUUCUAUCCAGAGCAUUGGGAAAUAUCCAAAUAGCCCACAAUUUAUAUUGGCUUCUUAAGGAUGCCCUGCAUGAUGCACAGUUUGGUACCCGCUAUGAGCAUGUUUUGGGUGCUCUCCUCUCAGUAGGAGGAAAAGGACUCAGAGAAGAACUUUUAAAGCAGACAAAACUCGUGCAGCUUUUAGGAGGAGUAGCAGAAAAAGUCAGGCAGGCUAAUGGAUCAGCCAGACAGGUUGUCCUUCAAAGGAGUAUGGAACGAGUGCAGUCCUUUUUUCUGAGAAAUAAAUGCCGUUUACCUCUCAAGCCAAGCCUAGUGGCAAAAGAAUUAAAUAUUAAGUCAUGUUCCUUCUUUAGUUCUAAUGCUGUGCCCCUAAAAGUCACCAUGGUGAAUGCUGACCCUGUGGGAGAAGAAAUUAAUGUUAUGUUUAAGGUUGGUGAAGAUCUUAGGCAAGAUAUGUUGGCUUUACAGAUGAUAAAGAUUAUGGAUAAGAUCUGGCUUAAAGAAGGACUAGAUCUGAGGAUGGUAAUUUUCAAAUGUCUCUCAACGGGCAGAGAUAGAGGCAUGGUGGAGUUAGUUCCUGCUUCAGAUACCCUCAGGAAAAUCCAAGUGGAAUAUGGCGUGACAGGAUCCUUUAAAGAUAAACCACUUGCAGAGUGGCUGAGGAAGUACAAUCCCUCUGAAGAAGAAUAUGAAAAGGCCUCAGAGAAUUUUAUCUAUUCUUGUGCUGGAUGCUGUGUGGCCACCUAUGUUUUAGGCAUCUGUGAUCGACACAAUGACAAUAUAAUGCUUCGAAGCACAGGACACAUGUUUCACAUUGACUUUGGGAAGUUUUUGGGGCAUGCACAGAUGUUUGGGAGCUUUAAAAGGGAUCGGGCUCCUUUUGUGCUGACCUCUGAUAUGGCAUAUGUCAUUAAUGGGGGUGAAAAGCCCACCAUUCGUUUCCAGUUGUUUGUGGACCUCUGCUGUCAGGCCUACAACUUGAUAAGAAAGCAAACAAACCUCUUUCUUAACCUCCUUUCACUGAUGAUUCCUUCAGGGUUACCAGAACUUAGAAGCAUUCAAGAUUUGAAGUAUGUUAGAGAUGCACUUCAACCCCAAACUACAGAUGCAGAAGCUACCAUUUUCUUUACUAGGCUGAUUGAGUCAAGUUUGGGAAGCAUUGCCACAAAGUUUAACUUCUUCAUUCACAACCUUGCUCAGCUUCGUUUUUCUGGUCUUCCUUCUAAUGAUGAGCCCAUCCUUUCAUUUUCACCCAAAACAUACUCCUUUAGACAAGACGGUCGAAUCAAGGAAGUCUCUGUUUUCACAUAUCAUAAGAAAUAUAACCCAGAUAAACAUUAUAUUUAUGUAGUCCGAAUUUUGAGGGAAGGACAGCUUGAACCGUCAUUUGUUUUCCGGACAUUUGAUGAAUUUCAGGAACUUCACAAUAAGCUCAGUAUUAUUUUUCCACUGUGGAAGUUACCAGGCUUUCCUAAUAGGAUGGUUCUAGGAAGAACACACAUCAAAGAUGUAGCAGCCAAAAGAAAAAUUGAGUUAAAUAGUUAUUUACAAAGUUUGAUGAGUGCUUCAACAGAUGUAGCAGAGUGUGACCUUGUUUGUACUUUUUUUCACCCUUUACUUCGUGAUGAGAAAGCUGAAGGAAUAGCUAGGUCUGCAGAUGCAGGUCCCUUCAGUCCUACACCAGGCCAAAUAGGAGGAGCAGUGAAAUUAUCUGUCUCUUACCGAAAUGGUACUCUUUUCAUCAUGGUGAUGCACAUCAAAGAUCUUGUUACUGAAGAUGGGGCUGACCCAAAUCCAUAUGUCAAAACAUACCUACUUCCAGAUACUCACAAGACAUCCAAACGUAAAACCAAAAUUUCACGAAAAACAAGGAAUCCAACAUUUAAUGAAAUGCUCGUAUACAGUGGAUAUAGCAAAGAAACUCUACGACAGAGAGAACUUCAACUAAGUGUACUCAGCGCAGAAUCUCUGCGGGAAAAUUUUUUCUUGGGUGGAAUAACGCUGCCCCUGAAAGAUUUCAACUUGAGUAAAGAGACUGUUAAGUGGUAUCAGCUGACUGCAGCAACUUACUUGUAAACUAAUGAAUUUCUGAGCUUUGGAAGCAAGAACAGUUAUAAACUUGUGUGCACAUACAUACAAACUUUGUAUAGUAUUUUUAUACUUGGACAAAUAUUACAAAGUUAAAUAUACUUGCUGCAUUUCAACACAUCUGUUGGACCAACAGACACAUAAUUAACCUUUAUGAAUUUUUGAAAGCUAUUAUUAUUUUAAAGUCAUUAUACUGUAUGCUACAAACCCUAAACUUAAUAUAUAUUGAGUCCUGAAAAAGACUUUGAGACAGUACUAUAUCCGUUCAGGCACCUAUUUUGCAUUGUUUCCUGUAUAGGCGCAGCAUGUUUGUUUUCUUUUUAUGCACAUUUUACAGCCUUUACCACUGUGUAUGUUCUUAAACACCAAAGUAAAGGAAAGAUGCAGGACAUUAUCUUAAAAUGCAGUUGCUAUUCACAGGGCUAAAAAGCAAAGCACAAAUAAUACAUAGCCAUGUUAAGAACUACUAAGUAGUUUAUAGAAAUGGGGAAGAAAUAAUACUUUUUAUUCAUAUCUUUAAAGCCUUUUUCAGAAUAAGUGCCAGUAACUGAAGUUGUAAAUAAUGGUGCCUUAACUUUAUAUGCUUCCCUGGCACUUCAUUUCUGAUUUUUUUCCCCUAAUUUGAUAAAUGUUUGGUAGGUAGUUUUCAGUCACUUUCAACUUACUGAACAAGAAAUUAUGUACAUAUACUAAUAUUUUUCCCACAAAAAGAUAAUUUUUUCUACUUCUGAUAUGUGACUUAGUUAUUUAAACAAUCAAGUCACUUGAUUUAAAUUUUUGUUGCCCAGUACCUAAACUAGAUUUAUAAUGUAGUUGUCACUAAAUCCCAUCAUUCCAUUGUAAUUCUCCAUUUAUUCCCAGGGCUGUGAAUUAAAAUUUGAUCUCUUUACCUCUAUGUAGCUCUACUCCAACCCCUCAUUAACAAGUGAAAAUUCUUCAGCCAGGUACCCAUUCCUGAGUAGGGCACUCUUUACAAGAGGCCAAGGACAAGAAUUUUAGGGUUCAGCCUGAAUUUUAUUUUUUUUUUAUUUUUAUUUUUUUUGGCCAGGGCUAGGUUUGAACCUGCCACCUCCGGCAUAUGGGACCGGCGCCUUACUCCUUGAGCCACAGGCACCGCCCUCAGCCUGAAUUUUAAUAUAGCAUUCUGGAAAUUUGUCUCAUAAACUGUCUUAUAAGAUUUAUUUUAUUUGGGUAAAUAUAUAUACUAAAUAUAUAAAAUGAGAACUUUCACAGUUAGAAUAUAAAUUCAGAUACUUUUUAAAUGAUAAUAGAGAUUGUACCAAUUUGGUUGCUGUGAGAAAACUGACAAAAUAAUGCAAUGAGGAGUACCGAGAGGAAGGACAAUCUCAAUUCAGUUGCCUAGAAUAGAAUAGACUUUUUAUGAACUGUGCAAAUGUUUAAUGUAAAUGGUGAUACCUGAAGAGCAGAAAUAGAAGAGUUAAGAAUAUAACAGAGGAACAGAGUAGAGGAAAAAACUUGAAAUUUUUGGUGCCUAACACUAAUGGUCCAUUUGUAGUUAAACCUAUGAGUAUGAUAUAUGUCUUUUUUUUUUAUGUUAAAAUGUGUUGUCUAUUUAAUAAGUUAAUAUGCAGAUCAAAGCACCACCAUUUGCUUUUUCCACAUACCUUUAACAUUUCCUGAAUGUGUGUGAGUAGCUUUACAAUUGCAAGUACACUAGAAAUUUUCACUUAACCUUUUGAGACUUAAGUCCAUUCCAUGAGUUGUCACUUAGCCACUGUACAAAAAAAAAGUACUGUCUUGGGAAAAGAUCAUUGUUGAUUGGACUCAACACAUACUGCCGUUUUGCAGUCUGUUAUAGCAAUGUCUUUUAGCACAAACUAUAAUAGAUCUAGAAAAUGUGGUAUCAUUUUUUAAUUAUAAGAAAUCUGAUUUCAUAUCUAAAAGUGUACAUUAUGAUUAAUACUGUACAGUUAAGUGUUCAGAACACGUGGUAAUGUUUUAAUUUAACUCAUUUUGUGCCUUUGAUCAUUAAAACACACAUAUAUUUUACAUAUAGUUUAAUAUAAGUUAUUUCUUUGUGAAACACUAAUCUUCAGUCUGUACCAAAAGAUAACAACAAAGAUCCUUUUUGCACUAUUACUAUCAAUCAAUUUUAAAUCAGUUGGAUUUUCAAACUUUUUAAAAAGCUUACAUUAAAGUAAAUCUGAAAAACAAAAUUUAAACAAACCAGCCAUGACCCUAAUUUUUAUGUAUAAUCACAAUAUUUAUUCCAAUCUUUAAUGACUAAAAGUAAUUAAUUGUGCUACAUGUUAAGUCCUGCAUCAGAAGAAUUCUUUCUUGCUUGCCACUGUUUUGGGAUUUGAAGAUAAUUUCACUCUAGGAACUUAUUAUUUUCUCUACUGAGGAGCCCAAUGUAGAACUUGCACUGAUAUUUUCAUAACUGCCUUUAUACAAAUCAGUAGGUAUCUAAAUGUUUUAAGGCAUGUCUGAUCUUCGAUAAAAUACUACAUUUUUUAAAUUAUAGUUGUAUAAAAGUUUCAGUAUCUUGCCUUAAAUUGGUUGAUUGUUCUUUCUAGGAUUCAAAUAUUAAUGGCAUUUAAGAAAACAUAAAAUUCACUUUGAUACUUAGACUUCAGAUCAAAAAGGACUAAAGCCCCACUAUCAUAAUCCAUAGAUUUACUUACAUUUUGUUUGACUACAGUGCAAAUAUGAAUAUGGGAAUUAGUCUCAGCUAUAAGAACCAAAAUGCUUUAAUUAUAUUAAGGUAGUGAAUAAAGAUGUAUAAUAUUUUUUAUUAAUACCUUGAAUAUAUUCAGUGGAUUGAAUGUGACUUUAUAACUGUACUACAAUUGUAUUAAAAUAUUUCUGGAAUAAAAAAA